CACCAUGGAAAGAAAGGGGAGCCACUCACCUGGCACACAUACACAAAGCGGGCAAACUGUUGCCCUUCUCGGAACUAUGCCGCCUCUACAAAAUACCACCCACAUCCCACUAUUCACACAUCCAGCUACAAUCCUUUCUACACAAACACAACAAAGAACAGACACAAAGACAUGACGGGUGUGGAGAACUCUCGACUUGGGAAAAAAUAG